AUGCUACAGUAUCGUGCCAAGAGAAGACCCUUUGUGAUCUCUUUGACAGCAACCAACGACACGACUUUACUACUAUCUCGAACCUUCGCCGACGUUUCCGUUUUGCUUUCCGUUUGCCAAAGUUCACGAGAAACCGUUUUGAAACAACCUUGUUUUGAUGUUGACACCUUUUUCGAUUUUGAGGUGGUCUUGCCAAAAAGUUGUCGCAGAAAAGAAACGGUUGCGCUUUGGCCAAAGAAAGAGAAAGAGAGCCAGUUUCACUCAACACAACGAACAAACAACUUCUUCGACAAACGACAAACUUCUUCAACAACAAAGCAAUGCAUAACGAUGACACUGUUGACGUAUCGUCCACUCUUUGGCCAGCAACCUACCGCCACGGCUUCUUCUAGUCCAUCCAUCGUCUUGCGGCGGUUCAUCCUCGAGCAAGGCAACGGUCAGUUCCUCACUUGGGCCAAGCAACCAUUGAUUUCCAUUCUGCCGUUUCUUAGACAAAAGAAACAGUGUCGCUUUACAAUGAGAAAGAAAGUCUGA